CUACAUCACACCCGUACUCAUCUAAGUCUCUUGCAACACUCAGAUUGGUUCUCGUCUGGCUAUCGCACGAAGAUCCCGUUAGUUCUCUCGAAUCAUGUCUCCAGUCCAAGCAAAAGCUGCCGAUCAUCGAGGGGGAUUUAAGAAAGCAUGGCUCGUUCUCCUCUUCUUGGUCUUUCUGACCCUGCUACACGUUUCGUCUACGAACGCUGUCGCUGCUGCAGAUACAACCGAAGCGGCAGCAGCGCAUGAUGUACAAUCGCAAGUAGAUGCUACGAGCAGCGACGUUGACACCGCGGAACUCGACGAAGAUGAGAAAUUUUUCCGCCACCAUCAUCACCCCCACUGGCCCUUCGAAACUGAGGAAGAGAAGGAGAAGAAGCACCACGGACACAAGGGCAAGGGGAAGAAGCACGACGGGCAUAAGGGCAAGGGAAAGGGCAAGGGAGGUGGCCGCAAGGGGGGUGGCCACAAGGGGAAGAAGCAUCUUUAAAUCAAUGGCGACCGCAAUGCUCGUCGACAAUAAUGUAUCCUUGCUGUUGCCGUGGGUUUUGAUCAAAUCCGGACACUGUCGGCUCUAGAGGAUAGGCUGAGGCCAUGCAUUAGUGAGAGUAGAAUCUUGACAAAAGCAUGUACAAUCUAUUCGGUCAAUCGACGAAUACGUGCGCGUGCAUUCAAUUCAUAAUAAUUCCAGGAUGGAAUCAAACUAUGCACUCGUGUACUUGACUCGACCUGUCUGC